UAUAAGAGAGGCCUUAAGGAGUCUCUCGGUGGGGACUCAUCAUACAGAGAUCAUACCUAGAAAGGCCAGUGACCUCAGACUAAGACAGACCACUGGAGCAGCUAAGACAGACGGAAUCAAGAUGCCCACCACCAACAGAAUCAUAUCUGACACCAGGAAGACAGACAAAGGAAAAAAAUCAAAAGCUGAAAACACAGAGAAGAUCCCAGCAUAUGAGCCUGAUAUCCCUGAACCAACAUGCAGAGCUGAACUCAUCAAACACUGGUUUGACCUCUCACUGGAUGAUAAAACAGCCAAUAAGAUGCUUUGGAUCACAGAGGGUGGGGCUAAGGUGGCCAGAAUGACAGAUAAAGUCACCUGCCCUGUCUUGGACAGACCAGAGCGGUAUGAAUAUGCUCCACAGGUUCUCUGCAAUGAGGGCAUCUUGGGCUUCAGAGGCUACUGGGAGGUGGACUUCUCGGGAUGGGUGGUGAUUGGGGUUGUGUACGAGCGUGCAGGGAGGAGGAACAACCAAGGACCAUGUGGCCUGGGGGAAAACGAGCAGUCCUGGGGUUUCGGCUGGAGCGGUUCAAGCUACCAUUCAUGGCACAACAGCCAAAGUAUAGAGAUCACAGAUAUCCCCAAAUGCUCCAGAAUUGGUGUUUACCUCGACCAGCCUGCUGGUGUCCUCAAUUUCUACGCUGUGGAGGAGGGGAAAGAGGGAGAGGAGAGCACAGGGGGGAAGGAGGUGAAACUUUUGCAUCAGAUUAAAAGCACCUUUACGGAGAAGAUGAUACCAGGGUUUUGGGUGGGGACACAGUCACACUGUUUUCUUGUAAAGACAGAGGAAUAAAGUCUGAUUAUAAUAGUGUAUUAAAGGUGAAACCAUAUUUUUGUUUUGUAGUAAAACAUAUUACUCAGACAGCUUUAAACUCAAGAUGAAUGGACAACAGCAACAUGUCAUCGAAACACUAUCAUAAUGAAGGUUGCCUAACCCUUUGCACACUACCCUUUAAAAUGUUCUCAGGUAGAUUUCAGUUAAAGGCACGGAGUAUGAGAUUAGUUGGAGUUCACCUUUUGCCCCCCACUCUUUUAGACUUUCCUGAACCCACCGGACCACUCAAGGCUUGUAGUAAUAUAUUUCUUAUAUAUUUGUAUUCCUCCAUUGUUUUUAUUUGAUAAGAAUAUAGAUGGUGACCUAGUUUGGUAUGGAUGUAUAAAGAAUGUUACAUUUGUGUGAAUAAAUACC